AGAAGAAGAAGAAGAAGACAUGAGUCAUCAUUUUAUCCAUAUGGUGCUCGCUUCAAAUCUCCCAUCACUAGCGGUCGGAAAUAUUGACAACAAUACAUUGAUGUUACGAUGUCGACAAGUACAUCAGAGAAUGCAGGUCGGGACUGCAAGUGAAGUCACGUGACUUUGUGUGAGCGUGCAAGACUAAAGUGCAAGUAGCUACUGCAGCUAAUUCUUUGUAAUUUCUGAUGACAUUUCGACAUUUUUGAAGACACAGAUAUCGCAAAUAUGUAAUGGAAACCAGCCUGACACUGAAAUACUUUGAUAACUACUUCACAACAACAUGAAGAAGAUCGUUUUACUCUCCAUCUUCUCGCUAUUUAUUGGCGGUGUUGUGACAGGUGAAUCAGUGUUAGUGUAUGAGGGAGAUUCUGUUACUUUACACACCAAUACUAACACACAGAGAGAUCAUCUGAUCGAGUGGAGGUUUGGAGACCAUUGGGAUCUUAUAGCUAGAAUCAACGGGGACGCCAAUUUACUAAAAAUAUAUGAUGACGUUCUUGAUGGGAGAUUCAGUAGCAGACUGAAGAUGAACAAUCAGACUGGAGAUCUCACCAUCACAAACAUCACAACUCAACACACUGGACUUUAUAAACUAGAAAUCACCAACAAGGCGACUACAACAAAGACAUUCAUCUUUAAUGUGUCUGGUGAUACAGAUAAAGUGAAGACAGAGAUGAUGGGAGAUUCUGUCAUUCUACACAAUAAUGUUAUCAAGAAACCAGGAGAUGAGAAGAUGAUGUGGAGGAUUCGACACAACAACUCUCUUGUAGCUGAAAUAGAAGUCUCACAUGCUGAUGUUCAUGAGAGACUCAGUGACAGACUCUAUGUAAAUGUUCAGACUGGAAAUCUCAUCAUCACAAACAUCAGACCUGAAGACUUUGGGUCGUAUGAAGUAGAUAUCACUGUCGGCAGUCACAUAUAUACUAUACACAGAUCAUUCAGUGUCAAAGUCAAAGAUCAGUCUCCUGGUUCAAGAUCAAGAUUAGUUGCAAUCUGUGUUGUGCUGCUGCUGCUGCUUGCUGUCGCUCUUGCGGUCGCUGUCAUUUUUUACAAACGUCGUUCUAGGACUACUGGAGACGAUGAGGAAGACCAGAUGAAUGAGGAACCUCUUGGUGGUGGUGGUGGUGCUGCUGCUGCUGAUGAUGAUGGUGAAAGAGAAGAACUGAAAGUGGAUGAGGGAGAAUCUGCUGAUCUAAAAACUGAAAUUACUGACAUACAGAGAGUUGAUGUUAUAGAGUGGAGAUUUGGAGAAACUCUCAUAGCUGAAAUCAAUCCUGCAGACAAUAUUUUCAGUACAUAUGAUGGUGAUGAUAAUAUAUUCAGAGAUAAACUGGAGCUGAAUCAUCAGACUGGAGAUCUCAACAUUAAAGAAUUCACACAGGAACACAAUGGAGAUUAUACACUGAAGAUCAUCAGAGAUGGAGAAACAUCAUACAGGAGAUUCAAUGUGUCUGUCAGAGAGGAAAUAGAGACAGAACCACUGAUUGAGGGGAAAUCUGCCACAUUUUCCAGAAGAGAAGAUCCAGUGGAGACGAGAGGAAAAGAUCCAGAGGAGAAGAGAGGAGGAGAGUCGGUGGAGAUAGAGAUGCCGUUGUUGCCUACAUAACCCAGUUACUUACAUAACCCAAAAGUUACCUCGGAAAGUUACGUUUUUGCAACUAAAAGCAGGGAUUAUCGGCUUGCUUAAUCUAAAAUUUAACUGGGUAAGUCACAUACUUGGCUUACUGGGAUACAUCCCAGGUCAGUCAAAAUUAACAGUAAAAGCACGCAUCUAUACAGGCUCUGCUGCUGGAAGUUUUAAAGGAAUGUGCCGGCGUUGUGUGCGUUUUAGCAACAACAUCAGAAGCGGCUUUUGUAGAACCAACAUAACUUCUGGUGAACGUCUGCAAAGAAUCAAUAACAACAGAGACCUUUUGGGGUAGUUUAUUUCUGAUAACAAGAUAAAUAAAUAAGAAGUAGAUUAACUCUGUUUAAAUAAUAGCUUAAGUGUAUCAUAAACGACACUGAGCUAUGGUGCUAUGUAAAAUGUGUACUAUAUACAACGUUUGAUUCGCAGUGAAACAGCGACUUUUCGGUAUGAAGAUGCAUUCCCAGCAAUGAAUGUUGUACAGAACUCAUACCGCAGCAACUUGACUACUGAACAUUUACGUCAGUGUCUCCGUCUAACAAUCACAUAUUUUUUUGCCACGGUUUAUGUAUCUAAUGAAAGACAAACAGUGCCUUUUCUCUCAUUAGGCAUCUCUGUAUUUUGCAAUUUGUUACUUUUGGCAUACUUCUUGUGUUUCACUUGUUGUUAUGAAUGUACUUGAAAUGCAAAAUACGCUUUGUUACAAUUUGAAUUUACUUUAUUUGUGAUUUACAUAAAUUAUCAACUAACCAGUUGUUCCGGAUCUAUGAAAAUAAUGAGAAUUCAGAUGUGAACCUUUAAUUGUAAACUUUGAGAACCCCUUUCAUAGAAGGUAUGUAACUUUAUUUAGUGCCAAAAUUAUACACACCCUACAAUUUGUCUUUAGAUUAAAGGUAUAGCGGAGAUUUUCGUUUUCCGGGUGGAUCACCUCUGUUAUUGGUCAUCCCAGAUGUCAAUCAUUCUAAUUAUAUGUUGACGUAUAACCGUCGUACGUGCUCGCCUCUCGGUUCGCUUUCUGCACAUGCGCACUUUCACGUGUAUGUGUGUUGUGCUACGGUUUCAACCAUUCAUUGAAGCUCGCGUUCUAGCUGUGGUUUUUUUCCAAAAUGUCUGAGGGUCGCAAGAGAAAAAGUGUCUACGAAUUGUAUGACAAGAAGAGAAAGGACUAUAAAGAAAGAAACAAGACCAGAAUGUUUAUGGGAGACUAUUUCACACGCUGGCGUGAGCUAAUAGGACAGGUUGGGUUUCCCACACGAAAUUUCUACAGGAAAGGUACAUUUUGUCAUGCUAUUUGGAGAAAUCCAUUUAAAAUCACUGCUAGUAAAGUUGAUGUAAGUUAUGAUUAGCAAUGCUAGCCCUGGCACGAGUCACGAACCGCACAGACACGGUAAACAUGCCGACAGAAACUUGUAAACAGAGCGAAUAGAAGAACUAGGCUCCUGCAUUCUCUCUCUCUC